UAACGGGGGAGUGGGGAAUGAGGAUACGCCAUAUUGAAAAUUGGAGUCGUUGAAUGUUGAUGUUGUUGUCAUGUUUACGUUGUAAUAUUAGUGAAUAUUGAAAGUGAUUAAGAUAAUUUGGAUGUAACCCGUAACAUAUAAGCAAUCAAAAUGUUUUAUGCACAUUUUGUGCUAGCCAAAAAGGGCCCGUUGGCCAAAAUUUGGCUAGCUGCCCACUGGGAUAAAAAAUUAACAAAGGCCCAUGUAUUUGAAACUAACAUUGAAAAGUCUGUAGAUGGUAUUUUGAAGCCCAAAGUAAAAAUGGCCCUCCGGACAUCUGGCCAUUUGUUGCUUGGUGUAGUGAGGAUAUAUUCCCGUAAAGCCAAGUACCUGUUACAGGACUGCAAUGAAGCAUUUGUUAAGAUAAAGAUGGCUUUCAGGCCAGGAAUGGUUGAUCUACCAGAGGAGCAUAGAGAGGCAGCAAUGAAUGCCAUUACACUGCCAGAGGUGUUCCAUGAUUUUGAUACUGCUAUGCCUGAAUUAAAUGAAGUUGAUAUAGAGGCUCAAUACUCUUUAAACCAAUCAAGAGCUGAAGAAAUAACAAUGAGAGAAGAUUAUGGAUCAUUAAAUUUAGUAACUCAUGAUGAUGGAUUUGGUGAUAUGGGUUUUGACACAGACAACCCUGAUAUCAUGAGAGAUGCUAUUGGCAAUGAGGGUGGCUUGGAACAGAGCAACUUACUAUUUGCGGAGGGUUCAUCGUUGGACUUGGCCAAAGACGGCUCAGGAACAGGAGCAGGAGGUCCCCAAUUAAGUGAAUCUCACGUCCCAAGAAUGGAAGCCGCCCCUCAACAUAUUGAUGAUGGUUUUGGUGGACCCAUACCAGAUGUCGGAGAUUUUGGACAUGCUGGAGGGUUGUUCGAAGGAGAUCUAUUCGGUGAGGUGUCAGCGAGUGGUACGGGCGGCGCGGCCUCCUCUGGAGCGGGCCACUCCGUGCAUGCGCAUGACACGCACGAUGCGCAACCACAGUCAUUGCAGGCUGAGAUAGAAGCAGCGGGGGCCAACGUGGUGGAGAACGAGGCGGCUGCAGACGCGCCGGACUCCGACGACGACAUGGGAGACCAUUACGACGGAGGGACCUCGCCGCAACACAGCUGGGCGGGCUCUCCGGCCCCGGAACCUGCCGCAGCUCCGGCCACGGCUGCCCCCGCCACUCCCGCCACGCCCGCGCCCUCUGUGCCGCCGACUCCCACGCGCGACGCUGACCUGCCCGCUCCUAUGGACGUGGAAGAGGAAGCUAGUAUUGAGCCAACACGUCCAGCAGCGCCUGCCACGCCGGCUCCAGCAAUGGACUCCACCACGCUCCUACAUAACGAUGAAGAAUCCUUCGCUCUAGCGCCUGUCGACGCGACUGUUUUAAAAGGUGUUACAAAAACGAAACGCAAACGGAAGCUCAUAGUUGACGAGGUGAAGAAUAUAUCUGGUGAGGAGAUGAAGAACCAACUGAGCAAUACAGCUGAUAUAGUUACCACGCUGGACCUGGCGCCACCCACCAGGAGACUGAUGCAUUGGAAGGAAUCUGGAGGAGUGGAGAAACUGUUCACUCUUCCGGCCCGGCUAAUACCAUCUAAAGUGCUCUUCAAGAAAUUCCAACGAUGCAUGGCGCUUCUGAGUGAAAUAGUUGAGGAGGGUGAAGCGAAGUCACCUGAACCGGAACGUGUCCUAGCUAAGACCAGAGGCAGGAAGAGGAGGCUAGAGGAGAACAUGCAACCACCGGAGACGCCAGCACCUCCCCCGCCGGAGAUCCAGCCGCCGACGCCCAUGCCACACGAAUAUGAACCUUCGGCCGAGACAGAAAAACCUGGGUCGUACCGCUCGCCCGCACACGACGAAGAACCACAAACACCAGGAAUACUCAGUAGUAUCGGAACGCCACUAACGCCCAGCAUGCUGGGAUCCUUGACACCUGGAACAUUGCUGCAAGGAGGUAUCACACCUGGCGGCUUGAACCACGGAGGCAUGACGCCGGGACUUUCACUAGAUACCGUUGGUCUCAACCUUGGGCUUCCACACGGCGGACUCACGCCUGCAAAUCUGCAUCACGCAGGAAUGACUCCAGGUGGAUUAGAUCACGGCGGCAUGACACCUGUACACGGCGGUAUGACACCCGCACACGGCGGUAUGACACCCGCACACGGCGGUAUGACACCCGCACACGGCGGUAUGACACCUGCACACGGUGGAAUGACUCCUGCCGGCUUACAUCAUGGCGGAAUGACUCCAGCCGGAUUACAGCACGGUGGAAUGACGCCAGCUGGUUUACAGCACGGUGGAAUGACGCCGGCUGGUUUACAACACGGUGGAAUGACGCCGGCUGGCUUACAACACGGUGGAAUGACGCCAGCUGGCUUACAGCACGGUGGAAUGACGCCAGCUGGCUUACAGCACGGUGGAAUGACACCCUCUGGAUUACAACACGGGGGAAUUACUCCAGCGGGAUUACAGCACGGCGGAAUGACACCAACUGGCCUUCAACACGGUGGAAUGACUCCAGCAGGACUUCAACACGGCUCUAUGACACCUGCAGGAUUACAGCACGGUGGAAUGACGCCGGCAGGGCUAGCGCACGGAGGAAUGACACCUUUAGUACAACAUAGCGGCUUGUUGCAUCAUCAUAUGGAGCUACCCAUGAUGCCGCAGGGUGAAAGCGACAACCCACUUCUGGCCCCGAGCGCUGGAUCACAUGAACUCACAACACCUCAUAUGGACUAUCAGAGUGGAAUGGCAAUGACGAACUUAGGAUAUGAUGAUCAACAAGGACACCAGAGCCCUCAGCAUGAUUAUGAUUUACCACUCAGUGUUGAUAAUGAGGCUGGUCGCGAGGGCGAGUGGCGCGAGGCGGGCGAGACAGAGCAGCAGUUCGAGGAGCGCGUACUCAACCGGCGCGCCGAGCAACUGUUCUCGCUCAUGAAGCCGCGUCUGCUGGCACAGAACAACAUCAUGUUCGCAGACCUGGCGCCGCCGCACAACAACAAGAAGCAGGUGGCACAAAAGUUCUACAGUUUGCUAGUGUUGAAGAAACAUCAAAUAUUGAAAUUGGAACAGAAGGAAACCUAUGGCCCGAUCACCAUAGCCAGAGGAGAUUAUUUCGAGUCAGGAGCAAUAUAAAUUUAUAUUUAAUUCACUAGUUUAUGGAGUGGGUGUAAAUGUUUUGAGAUGUACACCACAAUGGGUACAAUCUUCGCGGUCAAAAUUUAUAUUUAUUAUGUUAGAGUAGUCAUACGAGAUCGUGGAUAAAUGUAAGAUGAACUUUUCGCCUUACACCCUGGAAUACAAGCUUAUUGAUAUUUGAACAAUGAUGUUGUAUACAUAUAGACAAUCACUUCGUAUAAAAACAAAGCUGAUGUAUGGAACAUAUCACAAAUAACACUAUAAUAAGCUUCGAUUGCAGCAUUUACUGCAGUUGUUUAAAAUAUGCUUCGUGAAUAUGUAGAAAUGUAAAACAUUUGUUCUGUUUUCAUUCGGACAGUAACAGGUGACACACAACUAAGGAGAAAAGAGUGUGCUUACAUUGUCUCUAAGCACACUUUUGCUGUUCCACUAUCAGACUGCGAAUGAUAUGUCCUUACAUGUGUAUAGAACAUUAUUGUAUUUGAAUGUUGACAACACAGUAUAGCUAAGGCCCUAAUUAGGCCUGAUUGGUUCCCGGAGUAAAAUAAUUAAAUAUAUUGAAAUUGAAGUUAUUGCGCACGAGUUUAGUAAAGUAGCAUUAUAUGGCGUGGAGCGAGUCAGUAUUCUAUAUUGCAGGUCAUGCUGUAUUUGCCGGCAGUACAGUUGAUGUUCAUUAACGGUAAUAAAGUGAUAGUAAAUAUCAUAGACUUACAAUAUACUAGCGUAUAGAGAAGAACAUCUCUACACAGAGACACAGCAACAUAGAAAAAGCAAGUCUUUUAUUACUGUAACCGAAUUUGAUUGGCAAGUCGUAAAGAGUUAGCCAUGCUUGGCAUUAGCUCCUAUUAGCUAGAACACAUUGACAAAUCUAAACUCACACAUCUAAAGUCACUCAGUAUCGGGAUGUCGCGUCGUCUAUGCGCUAGUAUAUUCAAAGUAUAUAGAUAAAUACUACCUCGUCCGUAUUCCCUUCUUUAUAGAAUAACUGAAAAUAAAAUCAUUAUCAGAGUGAAAUUACAAUACUUUAUAGUUGUGGACACUCAAUCAUUUUUAUGAAAAGUAUAUAUACUAUGUUCAUAUUUUAUAUUUUACCUCAUCUUUCUUUUAACCUCAUUUUAUGCAAUAUUUACAUGGUUGAAAAGUAAAACGGUUUCCUAGGAUAUGGUAUUUGCCUAUAAUUUGAAUAGUGAAAUGUUGAAUAAACUUUAGUGCUUCAGAAUAAUUAUGUCUGGGUACAUUAAUAGUUUUGAUUGUUUUUUUGUUAAGCAAGAAAUUAACUAAAAUUUAAAGUGCACAUAUUCUGAGAUAUUCAAAUACUUAAAAAGCGAUGCCAAUCGUCAAUUUUGCCCAAGCUAAUUUAGAAGUCAAAGUAUUGCUUGUUACUGGUAACUAUGACGUCAUAGUACAUACGCACCGAUCGCGCCGCCAUUUUGGCAGACGUGUAAUGUCCGCCUCAACUGGCUAAUUAAAAAAAUCGUUUCCUUUUUGCUGUUUAAGUUUUUAUUGCGAUGAGGAACAUAUAAAUGCAUAUUCCCUAAAGUUGCUUGUUUGAUCAUUUGAGACUGUUCUUAAAUUUAAAAAAAUCAACUUAUAUCUACUACUAAAUCUUAUACUAAUACUUACUAAAAUCAUUAAGUAUAACACAUCUAUUAAUGAAUCAUAAUUUAUUAUAAUAAUUAUAAGAAUUUAACUUUAAUAACAUUAUUUGUAUUCUAAUAUGUAUGUAUUUCGAUUCCAAUUGGGUUGCAAAUUUUGUGAGUGAUUGCGAAAUAAUCCAUAACUAUGAAAUUAUGAAUGGCCGGGUUCAAAAUGUUUCCUUUGUUGUGUAUAAGAUGGGCUAUGUAUAGCUAGAUACUUUUUGACAGAAUCAACAUAUAAACGAAAGAUAUGGUUUUAUACUACAUUACCUUCAGAUUCAAAUGUUUUAGUAGUUGUAAGUCAGUGUUACAACUGCUUUUUGUAGCCCUGCUUGUAGCCUUGAGCCUAAAUCUCGAAUUUUACUCUUCAUAUUGGACCAAGAUUGUAUUAUUACGGAUCUCAUUUAAAUUGAUUAGCCAAAGUCAAGUCUACUUUACUUAUUUCUAAUAUAUGUGAAAUCUUUUGUCACAUUACAUAUCGUCAAUUUCGAUGUAAGUUUGGGAUAAGUGUAAAAAUUAACCGCGUAAGAGAUAUGAAUGUUAAUAUUUUUGAAAUUUUUUUAAGUACAAGUCAAAGUGGACUUUUCUUUGAAUAUGUUUUGAAUGAGGUCAUUGUGUGAAGUAUUGUGUAGGGCUGCCAGAUGUUGAUUUAAUUCAUCGAAUAAGACUUAUAGAAUGCCUUCACAGUACUGUUAUUGUUGUAAAUGGGAUUUUGGUUUUGUUAUAGGUUUAUAGAUAAUAAACAGCCAAGGCUCAUGAUGCAUGAGGUCCAAUCAAAUUAUAUGAAUGAUAGUCUACAUUUUUAUAUCAAGUAAAAAAAGGCAAGAUAAACACAGACAAUAUUAAUUAUAACUAAUAUAUUAUGUGUAAUAAUUAUUAGAUUUAAUCAAUUUCACCUCAAGUAAGUGGCUCACUUCACACCGCCAAUGCUCGGAAGUCUAGUCAACAAAAUUUAGAUAACUCGAGAGUAACUACUGAUUUGACCGCGUGUGCCAUGAGCCUUGCAAAUAAAUAUAAUGUAUACAAUUAAUUAAAUAAAUUAAGUUCCGCGCUAUUUUGGUAGCCCUAGCUAGUGUUAAAUACUUAUUGUCGUAUAGUAGUGGAUUGCCUUAUUUUUUCAUGUAGGUUAAGAAAUGAAAACUGUAAAAUAUAUAUAUAUAGUUGACAAUAGUAGCGGUAGUUUACAUUAUCUUCUGCGACUUGAAAUAGAGCAAAAUUACGUUGCAAAUGAUCUUGUUUUUUGUUAAAAGAAUGUUUUUAUUUGUAAUUUGACACAAUAGAUGCAUGGAGGCCAACCAUAUGCAAAAAAUUACCUCAAAAUUGGUUAUGGUUUUUUUUUGUACAAUUUGCUUUUACAGUAUAUUUGUACCUAUACUGUGCUUAUCAUUAUAACGUGUUUGUUUGUGCGACGAAAAUCAAGGAAUAUUAUUUUUAUUAAUCGUAAACUUUCUUUAAAAAAAAAAAAUUUCGGCCAGUUUGUCAUUAUAUAGGUGGCUAGGGUCUUCGAAACUAUAUUUUUCAAAUAAUUGUUAGUUGUAAUGUUAUAAUAUAUUUAAAAACAGAAAAUUAUGUACAAGUGUAAUUUAGUGAUAAUAUCCUGAACACCAAAUACGAGAAGACAAUGUCUAUUAUUAAAGUAAAUUCAUUAUAUUUACAUUUUAAUGGUUGAAUGUGUAAUGUGUGUUUUUAUACAUAAAGUAUCUUUAAAAGUGUUUCGUGGUUGUUACUUUGUGACAAAUUGAAUGCACUUGGUCAUUAUGUACUGAUUGGAUUCAUUUUGAGAUUUGAUUUGAUUUAAUAUUAAGAUGAACAUUUGUAUAAAUUCUUUAAGAGCAUUGUGAAUGCCUGAAAAUCUUUAGUGCUAAACCUUUAGGGCUUUCAAACCUAAGUGCAUAAAUUGCCUGCUGUUUACCGAAGAUCUAGUUGUAUGGGGUGUUUUCACGCCAAAUCAUUAGUUAUGCACUUGGAUGACUGUCAUUAAACUUAUUUGCAAUAAACUAUGUUGAUUAUG